CUAUGACUCUCACCCGAGGAUCUCAUACCUUGCCGUACCUUUGACAUCGUAUGUCUCUGCAAUAAUUGCGUACCGGGCUCUGAUCAUCUUCGCUCCGCACAUUUUUUAGUGUACGGCAUUAUACCAGAAAAAGUGAAGAAAUAUAUUGACGUAGUGGCUUGUUAAUCAGGCACAGUGUCAUCCUCAGAUUUUUAUUUGCGCUAUAGCUCAAAAAGUAAAACUUCUAUACUCUCAGGUCACGUGAUGAAAAUGUAGGAACCAAUGGAAGGCGAGUUUUCGCUACAGCCGGGCUUCACUGUAUCACGUUCCUACGUGUGACGCUCCCGAAUUCGGCAUGCCAUGUUGAGCCUUUCCAACCAGUUUGAAAUACGUACGCGGACCACAAGCGCACGACUAGAACCCAACCAGCAUUUAGUAGUACGCGGAAGGAGUCAAUAGGACGGAUAUUAUGCCAUUGCGUGGCGUGCAGUGAGCCACGACCACAAGGAGGACAUCAUAGAACUUUUCACGAAUCCAAACAGAUUCCUCACGCACACUACCACGGAAAGGAACCGCCCGAGGUAGUCACUGCUCCACGGUUGCGGCCUUCAGCUUUGUUACAACCCGGAGGUCUUGCGAGAAGUAAGUAGCAGCCCACCAUGCCACGAGAAAUCAUUACGCUCCAGGUGGGACAAUGUGGGAACCAGAUUGGUAUGGAGUUUUGGAAGACGCUCUGCGCGGAGCAUGGCAUCAACCAAAAGGGGAUUUUGGAGGAUUACGCGACGCACUUGGCCGACGAUCGGAAAGACGUUUUCUUCUACCAAGCGGAUGACGAGCAAUACAUUCCGCGGGCACUGCUCAUCGACCUCGAGCCGCGCGUCAUCAAUGCAAUACAAAACUCGUCCUAUGCAGAUCUGUAUAACCCGGAGAACAUUUUCAUCAGUAAGGAGGGUGGCGGUGCAGGAAAUAAUUGGGUAUCUAAAUAAAAUAAGUUGUUCUUGUUUUGGAUUAUUAAUAAAUCUGUGCUUGUUCACCGAAACAUGCAGGUGGCCUAAGAUCAGGUUGCGCCGCACCUGACGCACAUGAUGGCGCAUUUCUCGCACAGCAUGAGAAUGAAAUAGUCACAUCUCGUCUCAUCUCUUCUAUCUGUUCCUCUGCAAGUAGACGCAAUCAGCGUGAUGGCUUUGAAAGAGGCGGUAGCGCACGAGCAGAAUCGAUUUUGUUGUACUUGCUUUUACUUUUUUUAUUCGCCAUGAUCAGGCAAAAGGCUUCCACUCCGGCGAGAAACAUUGCGAAGAGAUUUUCGACAUGAUCGACCGGGAGGCGGACGGAAGUGACAGCCUCGAAGGUUUCGUCCUGAUCCACUCCGUAUGAAAUCAAAAUAUGUCUGAGUCUGGAAGAUUGCAAGAUUUGACUGGCUGGCUGGAUAUCGUCAGUCGCUGAUGCAGGUGGUCCCGCCAGUCUUCUAAGAUUUGUGUCAUGCUUGUCUGGCAGGACGUAUGGCUCUGUGUCUGUCGUGCAUAUCAAUGAAGGGCGCGAGCAAGUUAAGUAGAGCCUGACUCCCUUGAUUGUCACAUAGUCGUAGUUUCUCGUGCGUCAUGCAUAAGCAUAACUGUUACGCCUUACGCACACGGUGGCUGAUGUGUGCUACGGUAGCGCACAGCCGCCGCGUCAGAAUUUUUUCUCCUCAUGCUUGGCCCUGUAUGAGAACUUCCGCGCCGUCCAUUUCAUCCACACACCUGCAUCACAAAAAAAACCUUGCUUCGCAACGCUCCAUACGCGGGCAUAAUUGCAUUGGACACCGCAUCGCAGGUGGCACCGGUUCCGGCAUGGGGUCGCACAUUUUGGAAAACAUAAACGACAGGUAAGGUGGGAGCACGAGCGAGAGACGUCGCAUAAAUAAUUUUGUUUUAUUCUUGUAGAAGUUCUGGUCUGUCCCCGUGCCCGUGCUAUUCGCUUCUUCUAAAAUUCUUGUUUAGUCUUGCGGUCCUUGCGGGUAAGAAAAGCUGAAGCUUAUUGGUAAUAUAGUGUGGCUACUUUCAAAGGGCAACGGGAACGGAUGGGGAUCAGCAUGUAGUUCGUGUUCGAAAACUUUUUAUAUUAACUACGAUUCUUAUGCGACUGCGACAUGAUUCAUUCAUGUCCUUCUAUGGAGCACGAAGUUGAAGCUCAAGCUGCAGCCUACAUUUUUUGAAAUGCAGCUGUUUCAUGCAAGAGUGCGGGCGAACUUCGUCUUUCUCUUUGUCGAAAGAUGCGAUGCUGACGCGCGCCCGCCGAAAGCCAUUCCACUUAGUUCCCGCCGUUUACCUUCGUCCUCAACAACACCACAGGUAUCCGAAGAAGUUGAUAAUGACGUACUCGGUAUUUCCGCUGUUGUCCAGCGAAACCUCCGACGUUGUGGUGCAACCGUAUAACAGCGUUCUGACGCUGAAGCGCCUCGCAUUGAACUCCGAUUGCGUGGUGGUUCUGGACAACACGGCACUGAAUCGGAUUGCAGUGGAUCGCUUGAAGCUCCAGAACCCAACCUUCGCACAAACCAACACACUAGUUUCCACAGGUAGAAGCAGGAGGUCCUAAUCUCUGCUCAUGCUUGUUGCAGUGGAUGAUAUUGUUCAUAAUUCAUUCAUUGAUUGCAGUAUUAAAGCUGAAGCUGAGAAUGAAAACUAAAAAAACAAGUUCCUUUCUUGUUAUUCGACCGUCUAUGGAGCCAUAUCACACGGGAAAGCAGAAGCACAUACAAAGAAGUUUGAGUUUUCUGGUAUACAAAUAUAAUAUACUUCAUUCUUUCAGUUAUGGCCGCCUCAACGACCACCUUGCGAUAUCCAUCGUACAUGAAUAACGAUCUCGUCGGGAUAGUGGCUUCUUUGAUCCCAACCCCGCGGUGCCAUUUCCUCAUGACCGGCUAUACUCCACUCAUGAUUGACCGACAAAUAACCGCGGUAGCAAAGAUUUUGAUUUUAUUCAAUUUUGUUGCUUAUUUCCAUGCAUGCACACUCUUUCUAGCAGAACUGUACAAGAACCACAACCAUCGAUCGGUACGCAGUGACAAGGCAGUGCUCGUGUUGUUCGCGGCAGGCAUACAAUGACGUAGUCCUCUGGUGAGUCAUGUUAGUAUCAGUCCAGCUCUACUUAUUUCAUUCUGACCGGGUGGGGCCGGAGGUGGAGGUGUUGGCUUUUCCUAUCGCCUGCGCAAACAAGCAUGGAAAUAACUAUGUCUAGCAAGAAGGACAGGUGUCAUCCACAACCACGACCUGCUCUAUUGAAUCUCAUGUCAUGCGCUACUUGUUAAGUAGACGAACAGGAAGAUCAUGCAUAGAUAUCAUGAUCUUUAUGAUGACAUCGACACUGACAGAGAAAUAUCGGAAAAACGUACACCAGGUCCGCAAGACCACGGUUCUGGACGUGAUGCGGCGUUUGCUCCACGCCAAGAAUAUCAUGGUCAGCUGCAGUAUGGGAGUGUCAGGAUCGAAAUCGACAAAGUUGAAUUUGAAAUAAUCUGCGAUGCAUAAAAUGCAAGGCUAGAAGUGACUGUCCUGCAGGGAUUGCAAGUGAGGCCGAUUGUGAGCCUGUUUCGGGUUUGGGGUAGAGCUGCUAAAGUAGCAUGACAAAGGAUGCCUUCUUUCACUAAACAGCAUGACAAACUGGAUUUCGAUGACGUCGAGAUUUGUCAUGCGCCGCUUGGAAAUUGGGCUUCCAACUGGUAUCGGUUUUAUGCAUCACAAAUUUUUCAACUUUGUCAAUUUCAAUUCUGACGCCUCCAUAUGCAGCACGAGACGCGGUGUGUACAUCAGCAUUUUGAACAUCAUCCAGGGCGAAGUAGACCCCACGCAGGUACACCGGUCGCUGCAGCGGAUUCGGGAGCGCAAAUUAGCGAAGUUCAUCCGGUGGGGCCCUGCGAGCAUCCAGGUGGCGCUCUCCCGCCAGUCGCCCUACGUACAGCACCAGAACAAGGUCUCGGGCUUGAUGCUGGCCAACCACACGGCGAUCGCGGGCCUGUUCGAUCUAUCGCAAGAAAAAACUGCUUCACUGUGAACUUGUAAUGCAGAAACUGUAUCUGAGAAGUGUUUGUCUUGCUACACAUGCAAGACAAUGGAUUUUUAGCUGUCUUUUCCCUUAGGAAUCUAGCAUGGCAAAUUUUCUCUGUGAUGUAGAGCAAACUUGUGAUGCAGAAAUUGCAAAAUCCUUACAGUGAAACACUUUUUUCGUACGAUACGAUCGUUGCAUCAAGCAGUACGACAAGCUCCGGUCCCGCAACGCGUUCCUGGAAAAUUACCGCCAGGAGCCCAUGUUUUCCGAGUCCCUGGACGAAUUCGACGAAUCCAAAGAGGUGGUCCUAUCCCUCAGCGAAGAAUACAAGGCUGCGGAGACCGAGGAGUACAUACGCUGGGGCGGUGCCGGAAGCACGGGUGCCGGCGCAGGAGCAUCCUCCUACGGAGCGCCGGGCGGUGGGGGCGCAGGCGGCAACAUUGCAGGCGCUGGUGCCGGGCACCAAGGUGGGCCACCUGCUGGGUCCUCCAUGCUGCCGCCCGGCGUACCAGGUGGUGGGAGCAGUCACCUGUCUGCGGGAUGACUGUCACGACCAAUGCAUCGAGAUUCUUCUCUGAUCUUGUUGAACGCGAAGAGAAAAAACUUGAACAUCAACUCAGCCAGCGACACCACGUCUGGGCUGUACUUUGCCAGC